GCGCUGCAAUCGGCUCAAUCGUUCCGCCGUUUAUCGUUAAGACAGAAUAUGAUGAACAAGAAACUGGCAAAGCCAUUCACCAUAUGGUUGUGGGAAAUGCUAUCUUAGCUGCCAUAGUAUUUGUCGUAGUUUUAAUAUUUUUCAGGGCAAAGCCAACUCUUCCUCCAAGUCCAUCUCAGUUGCAGCUUUUGACUCAAUCCGAAGAUAAACCGUCCUUUUUUCAAAACUGUAAGAGCCUUUUCAGGAAUAAGGAUUAUUUGUUGGUACUUGUGAUAUUCGGUGUGGUCAACGGUUUGUGGAAUAGUUUCGGAAUUUUAGUUAAUUCCCUCUAUACGAAUUAUUUUCCGAAUGGGGGAACAGACAUUGGUAUAAUAACUCUAAUGUCGAUUAUAUCUGGAGGUUGUAUAGGAAGCGUUGUCUUUGGAUACGUGUUGGACAAAACCCACGAGUUCAAAAAAACUAGCUUCGCAGUUUUGGUUCUAUCAUCACUGACCUACAUUCUUUUGGUUGUUUCAUUUUAUUUCAAGAUAAGGAUCGCUACAUUUUUCACGAUCCCUCUUUUCGGGUUUUUCAUAGCUAGUACCCUAGUCAUCAGCUUCGAGUAUGCCCUCGAAGUUACUUAUCCAAUUCCAGAAUCUUCCAGCUGUUCCCUUCUGAACGCAGUAAUUUUUUUGUUCGCGAUACUAUCAACAUUGAUACUCGAAAGUCUCAUCGAUGCAAUUGGAUAUGAGGGAACAUUUGGAUUCGUUUUGGCAUUGUUGCUUUGUUGUACGUUUGCCGUUUUCUUAAUUUCCUCCAAAUUACGCAGAAGAGAAGCAAAUCUUGCAGGUACAGAACAACAAUCCAGGUAACAAAAGUGGAAUUAACAUUACAGAAAAUUUAAUUUAUGAAAAAUUAAUAGAAGCAGACUUAAUUGUUAUGACACAAAGGUUGUUGAAAUUCAAAUAAAUGUAUAUAAUUGUUA